AUGACCAUGGACGGCCUGAAUCCAGCGACGUUCGACCUGUCGCGCUUCCUAUCGGCGGAAGCGCCCGUGCUCGACUUUGGCUGGGAAAAGUUCGAGAAGAAGAUCUACAAGUACAUGGCAGCUCGCAUAGGCGGCGCGCACCAGGAUAUCGCCCAGCGCGCGCACGACUACGACCAGAACAUCGCAAACAUCAAGCAGGACAAGAUCAUCACCGACAUGGAGAUCAAGCAGGAGCAGGAGAACGAGAAGGUCAUGCUGCAGGGUGAGUUGAGCCCCGGCGACCAGAGGCCCAGAGGCCCAGGGGCCAGAGUGGCCAGAGAGCGCCGCGCAGUCACCCACCUCCAGUCCUCCCUGUCCCGGUUCCAAGCCUCACUGCAGCGGGUGAGAGAGCAGAAUGCCGCGCUCGAGGCGCAGAUCAUGAGUCUCAAGAAUGAAGUGGGCUCAGAGCGGGCAACGAAGGAACGCCAGGCCAAGGUAUUGGCAGACAUGCGGGCGCGGGACGCGCGACAACUGAGCGUGCUCGAGGGAGCGCUCGGAUUGCGCAUGGAGGGCGUGGGCAACGACCGGCUCCUGUUGCUAUUCACGCUGAUCGACCCGUCAAGUCCCGAGCGAGAGUUCAGGCUCGUGCUCGACUUUGCCGGCGGACACUACUCUGUCCCGCAGUGCGAUCCACCGCUCGCCAAGCUCGGCACGCUGCUUGAGCAGGUCAACGCGGAUCGCGACGUGCACCUCUUCAUCAAGAAGGUGCGGAAGGAGUUUGCCCAGCUCGUUCCGCCGGAAGGGGGCAGGUUUGACGACAUCGAGCUGCGCAGGAAGAGUAUCCGGAAGAGCGUGCUUAGUGAGCACUAG